CUGGAAAUAGCCCGCUUCCUCAUUGUCAACAAGGGUUUAGUAAAGUCGCCUGGCAACAAAUGACGCGGAAGUUCGCCAACCAAACAAAAUAUUAUUUUGGUCCAAUUAAAUUCAGCCAAUAGGUUCGGUGCAUGGGAAUAAUUUGGGCGGGGCGAAGGUGGAAGCUGCCCUGUGCUCUGGUUUCGUAUUGUAUUUGUUAUUGGAGCUGUAGGGUUCGGGUAUGGGGUCCCGGGGGGUCCCACGGCUGUGGCUGCUGACAGUCUGUACUGCUCUGUAUAUCGCAGCUUCUCAUGGAGCGAAAGAUCAUGCUUUCACCAUCCUCCAUGAACAGAGCCGGAAAUGCCUCCAGUAUGACAAUAGUCGGAUCUCAACUGCCAACUGUUCAGAAGAAAAUGAGGCCCUGUUAUGGAAAUGGGUCUCCAGCCAUCGACUCUUCCACUUGCGUUCUCAGAUGUGCCUUGGGAUUAACCUUGCAAGUCCGCAGGAUCCUUUAAAAAUGGUUCCAUGCGACUCGAAGUUAAUGCUGUGGUGGAGAUGCCACGAUGGGUCUAUAUAUGGGGCGUCACAAUACAGACUGAGAGAAAAGGAUGGAGCUGUGACUGCAAGCUUCUCGUCCAAUGAUACGUGGAUACGGGAUAACACCCCUGAAAGCAUUUGUGACCUGCCAUACCACGUUAUAUAUACUAGUAAGGGCAAUUCCAAUGGUGUGGCCUGUGAGUUUCCCUUUUUAAGAAAUGGAACCUUUCACCAUGACUGUAUCAAGGAAGCGAAUGACACCCAGGAAUGGUGCGCCACCACCUCCAAUUAUGAUACAGAUGGAAAAUGGGGAUAUUGCUUAAAACCAGUAAAUGGAUGUGGGGAAAGCUGGACAGAGAAGCUUCAGAGCUGCUACCAGUUUAAUAUGGAAUCCAUCCUGACAUGGAAGGAAGCCUACAUUUCCUGCCAAAACCAAGGUGCUGAUUUGCUGAGCAUCUCAACCCCAGAAGAACUGCAGGUUAUAACUACAACGAACAACCUCCCUGACUUGGUGUGGAUUGGACUGAACCGUUUAGACACGGCUGGAGGCUGGCAGUGGUCUGACAAUACACCUCUGGCUUUCAUCACCUGGGAUAACGAUAUAACUGGAUUUUCUGGGCUUGAUGGACUGAGUUGCGGGGCACUCGAUGCAAACACUGGCAGCUGGCGAAAUUAUAACUGCGAAAGGACUUUCCCUUAUAUUUGUGAGAAGAAGAUUGGCACAAGGACUGAGGCUCUAGAUCCCUGGUUUUUCACUAAAACUGAAUGUGACUUAGACUGGAUCCCAUAUAAUGGAUUUUGCUAUACACUGCAGCCAGAACGUUUGUGGAGCAACGCUAGUGAGUCCUGCAAGCAGGAAGAGGCAGAACUCAUCAGCAUGCAUUCCUUGGCAGACAUAGAACUGGUGGUCACGUUAUUUCAGACUGAAAAUGACGACAUUUGGUCUGGGCUUAAAAAUGAUGAUACGCCAGCUUUAUUUAAAUGGUCUGAUGGGACAGAAACCAACUUUACCUACUGGGAUCGGAAUGAACCAAAUGUUAAAAUCAUAAAGGCUCCAAACUGUGUUUCCUUCUCAGGAAAGUCUGGUCGUUGGAAUGUCAGAUCCUGUAAUGAGAGUUUGAAGUAUAUAUGCAAGAAAAAAAGCACAAAUAAUAAUAUUACAAUGGUUGAUGUGGACUGCCCGCAGGAUCAGGGCUGGAGAAGACAUGGACAUUUCUGCUAUAGGGUCGAUGUGAAUGAGGUGCUGUUUGGAGCCAAAUGCAGUCUCACCGUGACAAACAAAUUUGAACAGGAAUUCCUGAACAGCCUUAUUCGGGAGCAAAGCAGGACUGAGGAGAAAUAUUUCUGGACCAGUCUAAGAGAUGUCAAUUAUACAGGAGAUUAUUGGUGGGAAACCACAAAGGGCCCCGAGGAUAUGACUUACGCAAACUGGAACACACACCAGCCAGCUUUCCCAGGUGGCUGUGUUGCCAUGGCAAGUGGACCAUCGCUUGGAAAAUGGGAGGUGAAGGACUGCGCUACUUUUAAAGCAAAAUCCAUCUGCAAGAAACAAAUUGGGGCAUCAGAACCAGAACCUGCUUUGCCAAAACCCGAAAAACAUUGCCCAGAUGGUUGGUACCCUACUGAACUUUACUGCUAUAAACUCUUUCACUAUGAGCGCCUUUUAAGGACAAGGACCUGGGAUGAGGCUGAAGGAUUCUGUGAGGAGCUCGGUGGGCACCUUGUGAGCUUCAUGCAUAAUGAAGAACAAAAAGAAUUAUACAUAUACUUAAAAUCAGUGAUCAGUAAUGUCCGAUGGUUAUGGUCUGGGCUGAAUAAAAGGAAUCCAGGCCUGCAUGGCACUUGGCAGUGGAGUGAUGAGCGCCCAGUCUCUUCUGUUUUUAUACCAUCCGAGUCGCAGGAAGAUGAUUACGACCUUCGGGACUGUGUUGCAUUUAGGUUUAACCAGUUGAAUCCUUUUCCACUGGAACACUGGGACGAGCCCUGGGGAAGGUUUUUGAGAGGGCCGUGGAGCCAUUGGCAUAUGCCUCAAGUGCAUAUUUCUUUCAAACCAUUUCAUUGCGAUGCCGCUCUUGAGUGGGUGUGCCAGAUUCCUAAAGAUGUUGUGUUCAAGAUGCCAGCAUGGUACCAACCAGACAAUAGCAGCGCUGCUAACGACUCUCUCAUUAUCGACGGGUAUGAGUUUUGGUUUGUCCAUGAUCAGCGACUCAGUUACAACGAAGCAGCUUUAUAUUGUGAGGCUAUGGAUAGUGACUUGGCUUCUGUUAAAUCACCGUCUGCCCUAAAGGCCAUCCAGAUCCAUCUAAGAAAUUCCAAGAAUCUUACACCUCUAACAAAAUGGUGGCUUAAAUCCAUUGAUUAUGGAGAUAAUUACCCGCCCCUUAGAUCCCAUUACUCUUGGAGACAUUUUAGCCACUGCGUGGACAUAUCUGGAUACUUUUGGUUCCCAGGCUAUGGCAAAGACAAUAACUGCAAUGAAAGGCAACCUUUUAUAUGUCAAAAGCAGAACUUGACCUUACUGGAGAAAGACUCCCAGAAAGUUGCUCAGUUUAAGGGUGAAUGCUCCAAAAAUUGGACAUCAUUUGGAAAUAAGUGUUAUCUGAUAUUGCCAAAGCCCAAAUAUGUGCCCUAUCAAAAGGCAAAGGAAGAGUGCAGUAGCUACGGAGGAGUGCUCCCAAUUAUCAGCAACCAACUGGAACAAGAUUACAUCACCACCUUGCUUCUGAAACUGCAGUCAAAAUUGUGGAUUGGAUUGUCUUCUGUAAAUCAAAGCAUCCCAACAUGGGUCAAUGGCCACAGCUAUGAGUAUGAAAACUUCCACCCCUUUCUAAAGGGAAAAAUGAGAAGCAACCCAGAAAAUGCAUUUACUGAAACUAAUAGGCACUGUUUCUUUAUUGAAAACAAUCCAAAAUCAGCGUUUUUUGGAACAUGGGAUAUAACUUCAUGCUCAGAUCAGCAGUAUGUGUCUUUUUGCCAGAAAGAUAAAGGGAUGAACGGAAACGGAACUCAAAGCGACUCGCCUGAGGAUUUAGAAUACAACGGUCACAAGUACAAGGUUAUACAUAGAAAUGUGACGUGGUACUUGGCCUUGUUAGAAUGCAACAACCACAGUAUGGAGCUGGCCAGUAUUACAGACCAGUAUCAGCUUGCCUAUCUCUCAGUUCAAGUCAGCUACAUGGAUCAUGCAAUGUGGAUUGGGCUGACUAGCAGCAAUGAUGGAGUCAACUAUCGAUGGCAAGAUGGACAGCAGGUAGUUCUCAGUAGAUGGUCCGAAGAUGAAGAAGAUGGGGAGCAAUGUGUAUAUAUUGACACCGAUGGUUUCUGGAAGACAGUGAGCUGUGACGCUGAGCUUCCAGGAGCAUUCUGUCACCAAGAGAAUCCCAAGAAGAAACCAUUGGAGAAUACACAGGCUUGUCCACACGAAAUUCGUGAUAAGCCAUGGAUUCCUUUCCGGAACAGUUGCUAUGCCUUUAUCUUAAAACAUGAUCGUUGGAACCAGAAUGAAGAUGAAGAUGAACAGUUUCAUUGCAGAAUGCUCAACCCAGAUUCUCAUCUUUUGAGCAUUAAAGAUGAGGAGGAAAACAAAUUUAUUCUGAAAGAGCUCAGACCAUACAGUGACUUGGUGCAGUGGGUGCAAUUGGGAAUGUAUUAUGAUGCAACAGAGAGAAAGUUCCGCUGGGAUGACAAGACCUUUGUGACGUAUUCAAACUGGAGGUGGGGAAGACCACAAGGUACCAAUUACAGCUUCUUGGCAGCCAUGAACUCUGAUGGCCUUUGGGAUAUGUUAAAGCCGGACAUAGGGGUUGACUUGUUCUUCUUCAAACACAAAACUGCCUUGGUCUGCAAGUUAGACAUGGACAGGCCUGACCACAACAGUUCUCAGGCUCCAGCCAUGACCUAUGACAACAUUCAGUACCAUAUUAUUGAGAAGAAAGUGAACUGGCAUGAAGCUAUUAAAGAAUGCAGAAAGGCGGGCAGCCAUCUGGCCAGUGUGCACAGUGAGGGCCAGGAGGAUGUCUUAAAAGAGAUCGUAGAGCAUGAUGGGUUUCCACUCUGGAUUGGAUUAUCAAGCCAGGAAGUAGAUCCUUCCCGCUAUGAGUGGUCCGAUGGUAAUAGUUAUGAUUAUUUUCCUGUCGGGUAUGAGCAACCAAAUACUAUCGGCAACUGCGUGUUCAUGGACACAAAGGGAUUCUGGAAUUCAAAAAACUGCAUGGAACCCUUAAAUGGUGCCAUCUGCUACAGUCCAAGUACAGUGGAAUCAAAGGCCAGUCAUGCUAUAUGUUCAGACACCCCCGGAGAAGGAAUGUGGGUGCGCGAGAAAUAUUUUUGCUAUGGAUUUGAUGAAGGCCUUUAUAAUUAUUCUUUAUUCACCAGUGACACAGCCAGCAGUAUCUGCCAUACAUUAGAUCCUACGUCUGAGGUCCUGUCCAUUACUGAUGUAGAAGAAAAUGAAUUUGUCAGCCAGUACCUAAAAUCCAAUGCCUUCAUCACCAAAAGAGUGUGGCUUGGCUUGGAUCCACAGUCCUCCAGUAAGGAGCCAAAAUGGUUGGAUGGCUCCUCUGUACAGUAUAAAAACUGGGGCCCAGAAGAUGACACCUCCACGAAUCACUGUGCCGUUUUCUACCCCGAAACUGGUUCGUGGAAAAGGGUGUCCUGCUCGUCCGGCCAUGCUAGAGUCGUCUGCAAAGCACCGCUCAAGUCUGGGAAAACUGGAAUUGCCAUUGGAUUUGCAGUGUUUAUUAUCACUAUCCUGCUCGUUGGCCUCGUGGUCUAUUUCUACCAAACCCGAAGACCCUACUUCUCCUCGGCAGUUCGUUACCAGCGCACAGAAGACGAAAUGGAGACCAUGGUUGUCAACUCGUGAUAAACGCUCCGGUACAAUGCACUGGCUUUAAUUUGCACAGGUUGUGUGUGUUUAACUGUAAUGUUUGUGUUCUGCCAAUUUCUGCUUUUAUUAUUUUAUUAAUAUUUUCACAUCUGUUGAAAUCUAUGAAAUAAUUUCCAUCAACAUCAGAAAGAGCAGAGACGAGAAUAUUUAAUUUGCGAAAGUGUAAUUUAAAGGAACAGUCCUGGGGUCCCAGGGGUGGGCAGUUGCAGGUGUUGCCGGACGUCAAUACCCACUGUUUUUAGAUAUCAUUGUUAUGGUGCCAGUUUGAGAAAACCUGGACCCCUGCAGACACCCAUCCCUGAGUUAGAUAUUAGGUGCUCUGCUAUAAAAGCAUAGGUUACAAAGUAAAGAGCCACAGGGAGGCCAUUUUUAUGUAUAUUGAUAGAACUGCAUAGACACUUACUGUGUUUCCAGCAAGCCGUGGGAAGCAGUUUUAUGUGCACUCCUCACUUCCUUGCCAUAACAUUGUGCUUAGCUGUAGUCAGGCACAGCAGAGCUUGUUAAGGGCAAGUUAAAUAUCUUCAUCCAGCCUGCUGAAAACAAACCUGGUGUUGGGUAUCUUCUUUUAUCUAGGCAUGAAGCCUUAGUUACUAUGUAUGUGAGUAUCUCUAUAUAGAAUAGAGGGAGAAUGAAGCAGAGUCACUAUUUUUUAGCAUUGCAAAGGGAUCCUUGAUUUACCCAAAAUGAGCUUCUUUAUUGUCUCUGGGAACAGCCAAGUUAUCCCAGUCGGCAAGCUGCGUUUAAAAUAGGCUCUGCCAAUACUGUGAUCUGGGAUCAAUUGUACCUUUCCCUGUACAGGUAUAAGAUCUGUUAUUUGGAAUGCUUGCCUCAUAAGGUUUCCUGAUAAUGUUGUCUUUGUAUAAUGUGAAGCACCAAUCUACCCCAAGUCUACUCAAAUAAUUUAAACUAGAUAAUAGAUCUCAUACAUAUAAGUGGAUGCCUGCUAAAAAAACAAUAUGCUGCCCUCAUUGGGAGCUCCCUCCAUGGGGGGGGGGGGGCUUUAUGCUUACCGCAAGCAUUUUUGUGUCCCCCAACCAGAAUAAUUUUCCUAUCAUAAGUGCCCUUUAAUUGCACGUAUUUUCCUAAUUGAAGAAAUAGCUGGUACAUUAUGGUGUAAUGUGAUUGGUUGCUUUCAAAUGCUCCCUGCUGAUUGGUUUCUAUGGGUUACAAAUGUUAUGUCAUUUUGUACAGUACUUUUAUUUUUAAAAGGAGGGUUGUUUAAUGUGUUAUUGUUCAGUUUUGUGUAUGAAUGUAUUUAUGUUCUCUAACUGUAAAUUGUACAAAGCUUGAUCAACUCAUAGAGGCUCAUUUACGAAGAAGCUGCUGCCACUGGGUCACUUUAUGGUUGGCUAUAAUAUGAUAUAAUGCAUGUGGGUCGCUGGCAGUUCUGCCCUUAGGUGCAACAUAUAGCUUCUACAUUUACGACUUAGUGAGAGGCUGUAAUAUGUACCUGUCCCUGCCUUGGAGCAGUAUAGACCCCUGUGGCCCUGCAUUGGAUAGGGUGGCUUCUUUACUUGCAGGUGCUUUUAUCCACCCAAAACCCAUAUGAUUACUAAAAUACUGCAGGGAGAUAAUAAUCCAGCCCUGGCAAUUCCGUGUUGCCAUUGGAUAAUAUUUGAUAAUAUCAAAAUGAGGCGUAAGGUCUAGGUAUGAAGUAUUCCCUCCCCUAUAGAUUAGUUGAGAUCCCUGCACUCGCCUUGUGCAAACCCCUAACCCACAGUGCUUUGCAGCACAUCCAGCAGGAGUCUGAGGAAGACAAAUAUGGCAGGGAAAGGGCCAAAAACGUAUUCACUUUCUAAAGCACAGCAGCCCUUGAGUCCCAGGGUUUUAUAUCAAUAUAAAAUAUAUUUUAUGACCAAGUAAAACCUGAGCUAGAAGUUACAGAAUCAAGAAAUAUUGCCUGUGAAAUUGUUUUUGGCAGAUCCGAGAGGGCAUUUCCCUGGGGCCCCCCACACCCCAAGAGGCCUUUGAUCAGAACAUCCCCUCGGUACAUGUACAAGGCCGGGGUUACUGGCAAUACAAUAAAUGUAUUAACCCUAUUUGUCCUGCCUCCAAGCGCCGACCAAUUCGUGCCUUCUGUGUUACUCAUCUCCCCAACCACCCAGCAACUUUGUGGCCUGUUUUCCUGACAAAUGGACUUUGUAGAGACAGAUGUUUUCAGUUAUAUGUCGUGACAAAUACUGAUUAAAGGGGAACUCCACCCAAACUUAAGCUUCUUAAAAAGUAAACAUAAUUUCAAGCAACUUUGCAAUAUACAUUGAUUAAAAAAA